CCUCAGAGCAAAACGAGUUGUUAUUUGGGGGACUUUGAACUUUACAAACAGUUGACGACAACUGCGCAGUAUUUGACAAAGCAGAGAGGCGAGAGAAGCAGUCAGCUUCAAAUACGGAUCAAAUAAUAACUUGUGGUGUUUUGCAGAUAAACGCUGCGCACCGAAAUGCCGCUGCGCUACCAAAACAAAGUGGUUAUUGUCACUGGAGGAUCCAGAGGCAUCGGCAGAGGGAUUGUCAAAGCGUUUGUGGAAAAUGGAGCCAAAGUGGUGUUUUGCGCAAUAGGAGCUGCAGCAGGUGAAGCUCUGGAAACGGAGUUCAGCAGGAUGGGACCAGGCUCGUGCAAGUUUGUGGAGUGUGACGUCACCAAGGAAGACCAGCUCGAGCGGUUGGUUGCCGUCACCGUGGAGCUUCAUGGACACAUCGACUGUUUGGUGAACAACGCAGGCUGGCGUGAGUCUGUUCCUCCCGAAGACAGAGAGCGAAAAGUCUGA